ACCACGAUGCCUGGGUCUCUUCCAGUGAAUGUUGAAUGCUGUUGGCCCAAAGAUGUGGGAAUUGUUGCACUGGAAAUAUAUUUUCCCUCUCAGUACGUUGACCAGACAGAGCUGGAGAAGUAUGAUGGUGUCGAUGCUGGGAAGUACACCAUUGGGCUAGGCCAGUCAAAGAUGGGGUUCUGCUCCGACCGGGAGGAUAUCAAUUCUCUCUGCUUGACUGUGGUUCAGAAGCUCAUGGAGAGGAACAGCCUUUCCUAUGAUUGUAUCGGGAGAUUAGAAGUUGGAACGGAGACAAUAAUUGAUAAAUCAAAAUCUGUGAAGACUGUCCUGAUGCAGCUUUUUGAAGAUUCUGGUAAUACAGAUGUAGAAGGGAUCGACACCACCAACGCAUGCUAUGGAGGCACUGCUGCUCUUUUUAAUGCCAUUAAUUGGAUUGAGUCUAGUUCUUGGGAUGGACGCUAUGCACUUGUCGUUGCUGGAGACAUAGCUGUCUAUGCCACUGGAAAUGCCAGGCCAACAGGUGGAGCUGGUGCUGUUGCUAUGCUAGUUGGUCCAAAUGCUCCGUUAAUUUUUGAGAGAGGGUUGCGUGGAACCCACAUGCAGCACGCGUAUGACUUCUAUAAACCAGAUAUGGUCUCAGAGUAUCCUGUAGUUGAUGGCAAACUAUCUAUACAGUGCUACCUCAGUGCAUUAGAUCGCUGCUAUACUGUCUAUCGCAACAAAAUCCACGCCCAGUGGCAAAAGGAGGGGACAGACAGACGUUUCACGUUGAAUGACUUUGGAUUCAUGAUCUUUCAUUCUCCCUACUGUAAACUGGUACAGAAGUCUGUGGCUAGACUAUUGCUGAAUGACUUUCUCAGCGACCAGAACCCAGAAACAGCACACGGUGUUUUCAGUGGUCUAGAAGCUUUCAGGGACGUAAAACUUGAAGAUACGUAUUUUGACAGAGAUGUGGAAAAAGCUUUUAUGAAAGCUAGUGCAGAGCUCUUCAAUCAGAAAACCAAAGCUUCGUUACUUGUAUCCAAUCAGAAUGGAAAUAUGUAUACCCCUUCAGUCUAUGGUUGCCUUGCCUCUCUUCUAGCCCAGUACGCCCCAGAGCAGCUCGCAGGGCAGAGAAUUGGUGUGUUUUCAUAUGGCUCUGGUUUUGCUGCUACGCUGUAUUCCAUCAGAGUUACGCAGGAUGCCACUCCUGGUUCUGCACUGGACAAAAUAACUGCCAGCCUUUCUGAUCUCAAAACAAGACUUGACUCAAGAAAAUGCAUUGCACCUGACAUCUUUGCUGAAAACAUGAAGAUCAGGCAGGAAACACAUCAUUUGGCCAACUAUAUUCCACAGUGUUCGGUAGAAGAUCUCUUUGAGGGAACGUGGUACCUUGUGCGUGUGGAUGAAAAACACAGGAGAACUUACGCGCGGCGCCCACUCAUGGGUGAUGGACCUCUGGAGGCAGGAGUUGAAGUUGUCCGCCCAGGCGUUGUUCAUGAGCACAUCCCAAGCCCUGCUAAGAAAGUGCCAAGAAUCCCUGCAACAACAGAAUCUGAAGGCGUUACUGUUGCCAUUUCCAAUGGGGAGCAUUAAGAUACCUCUGUGAGGUGGGGAAUGAAACAAGGUGUGAGGGUAGGGUGAGAGAGAGCAAAAGGAUUGCGGUAGUGCUGAAGUUCCAGUGUACAGUAGUACUUCACUGGAGUGUGGAAAAACUGUUUUAAGCUCCUUGAAAAGUUUUGUCAUAAUGUGGUUUGCUGAUAUUUAUAUUAUUUUCAGAACACUAAAAUCAUGAAUAUACUGGAGAUGGAGGGACUUGCCAGGAGCUGUGUGGAUUGCUAAACAUGUCUGAAUUUUUUUAAUUGCUGACUAGUAGCUGUAGUCUAUUACAAGGUCUUUGUACAUAGGAA